CUUCCAUCAGUACCAUUUCAGUUCCCCGACAGUAGGCUACGGGUGGAGACGUCAUUGGGUUUCCACUUUAUAGCUGGCAUUUGCAAACAAAACUUAAAAUCACACACAUGAAAAAAUCUCUUUCGUCAGUCAACAAACCAAAAAACCUUUAGGACGCUGCUAAAUUUUCAAGUGAAGCCAAAAGUAAAUCCCAGUAAAAACCGUAAUACCGUAUAAACCGAGCCGGAAAAUAAGAAUUGACGGUGCAGGGACUAACUAUGUCGUAUCAGAUCAAAUCCACGCCGUAUUUCCGGCGCAUGUUCAACAACAGCAAGAAGAACGGGCAGCUGCAGAGAUUGCGGGAGGAGUACGAACGGAUCCAGGAGUUCAAUGACCGCACCAUCGAGCUCAAGAUGCGCCAGGUGCGACUGAAGCGUCUCUUCAGGGAGAUCGAGGAUAUCAAGGACGGCGGAGCUGGUGGUGGUAACAACAACGGCAACAAUGUCGGCAAUAUGGGCGGUGGAGCAGGCGGUGCUGCCAUCGGGCAGUCGGGGCAGGGGCAUGCCCGAGAUCGCUCCCGCGGCGGCUCCUGUUCCAGUGCCAGGGUGCGAGUCAUGCGGCGUCGCCACCUCAGAACGAUGGCGGUGUCAACGCCGGAGCAGAGACGUCACCACCAACGGGUGGAGGCCCUGACCCGAGCCCGGGAGCUGGGCAAGGAGAUAUCGCGCCGGAACGCCGAGAUAGCGGAGACCGGAGGCGGGGGGUACCUGCGCAACGAAUUGCGCGUCACCGCCAAGAUGCAGGCGGUGCAGGACGCCCGCCGGGAGGCAGUGGAGCGGAGGGAGCGGGCGGCCAAGCGGAUCAGCUACGGGAACGAUCAGUCCCGCCAGAAUCUGCUGCGCCAGCUCCAGGUGCGCCAGAAGCGCCUAAUGGGUGGUCAAUCACCGAUGCGUCUGGUCCAGCAGACAGCGCGUCCGGCACAGGUGGGACCCAGUCGGGCUCAUACUCACAUCCACCAAGGCCAUGUUCAAAGCCUUAGUCAUGGGCAGCUGACGGUACCGCGUCCGAGUCGCCAGAAGCACAGUUCGCCCAGGUAUCUCAACCGAUACCCGGACUUCCGCCAGUUGACGGACAGCCAGCUGGACUUCCUGGCCAGCCAGGCGAGGGAGGAGCAGCAGCUACGUGUCCGGCGCGAAAACAACGCCACCUACAAUAAAGCCCACUGCGAAGAAGUCGAGGAGGAAGACUUCAACACGGAAGAGCUGGCCGAGCUGGGGCUAGAGGAAGAGCGCCUGCGCCGGGAGAUGAACUACUCAGAGGAGGAACGCCUCCAACGACACCGGGAAUACUCUGACGACCGGCGGCGCCAAAGACAGACGAGUGACGAGCCGACCGAUCUUGAUGGGGAGGAGGAGAGUCAGGAGGAGGACCCCAACGACGAUGGUCGUGAGGAAGUGAGCGGGGAGCUACCGCUCAACGGGAAGCGGGUACGUAAGACGGCUCUGGAGCAGGAGUUGCAGCUCCGACAACAGGUCCAGCAGGAGGACGAGGCCGAGGAGGCGGAGGAGCAGCGACGACGCAUGCACCUGCGCGAGGAGACCUCACCCCUGCGGAUGGCCCGCUUCUCGCUUAGCUCCACCACCACCACGGCCACGACAACCACACCUAGAUGCGUCCAGGCACCACAACGCGGUGACGAUCCCUCCGAUGACUAUGAAAUGGUUACGGCGGCCUCCCAUUCCGCCACCAUAGCCGCCCACCAGCCCACUUGUUUUGUGCCGCCGAACGCAGACAUCGAUACCGAUGACGAGGACAAGAAAGACGAGGAGCAGAAAGGAGAGUAUCGUUUAAAGAAAGACGCUGGGGUGGAUCCCAUGCCGUCGGUGAACCACUGGCGAAAGAUUUCCCUAAUGAUGCCCUUUAUGAGUAGCAAGUCCAGGACCAGAACCGCGCCCACCGUAAUCGAGCACCUCGACGAUGCUGCACCCAACGUGUCCGGCAUUUCCUAUCACGGUAUGGAGAUCCACCAGCAACAGAGCCUGUUUCAGCGCCAGCAGGAUCAGCCCCAGUAUCAUGUACAGCAGCCCCAGCGCCAGGCUACAGUUUACCGGGCGCCACACAGCGAGUAUUUAAUGUCCACCAUCCAGUGCGUGGAUGCAGUGGAGCUUUAAAAGGGAUCCCCAACAGCAUCCCCCUACCCUUCCUAUGGAACAGAGAUCCUGGAUCGCCACAGUCACCUGCCCAAUCUCCGCCAGCAUGGGACUGGCAGCAGAUUUACGAAAAAAGAUCGAGUCAAAGGCAAAAAAAUUAAAUUUUUUUGUUUAAUAAAUUGGUAGUAUUGAAUAGAUA